UGCAAAUAAAAUAAACAACUGAUUACUUACCUUACAUUCUCUAUGAAUACAAAUUUGAAUAUAAUGUAGAUGUCAGUUUCUUAUCCUAUCAUUAAUAAAUUUUUUAGGGAGCUUUUUAAAAAAUUACAUUAUUUUCUAAAAUCCGCCUUUAGCUUCUUCGGUAUACCUAUAUAAUCUUUACCUAUAUAGGUAUCUAUCAGGCCGGAUUGAUUUUAAUAAUGGGACGAAUGACUGGUAUUAAAUGGGAGAAAUCCAUCCAAUGCAGACCAAUUCACAACAUAAUUUCUUCUGAUUUUCCUAAAUACAAUCCUCAACCUUGGAAGUUUAUGGAAGGUAAAUCACGUAUCGAAUGGUUGCUAUCAUAUGAAUAUCAACGCAUGUGGUUAGAUGAAAGAGAAGCAUGGAAAAAGCGUAUGUAUCCAGAAAAUACAACAGUAAACGUUGACAUUGUAAAACGAUAUGUUUUAACUUUCAAAACUGCUCAUCAAGCCAUAAAAACGCAAAAAAAGAAACUGUUCAAGAUAAAAAAAUUUGAGGGAAUCGAUAGUAAAACGAAAAGUAAACGGUCUGCCGAUGAUAAGGCCAUGGCUUAUAUGAAAAACAAAGAUAAUAAGAAAACGUCUCAUUAAUAUUGCAGCAAUGAAAUGAAAAUAAAAAUGAAACAUGAUAAGAAA